AGCUGUUUUUUGUUUUUGUAAUUAAAGAAAAAAGGGUAAAUUUGCCACUGAUAGUUAUGAAGAAGAAGAAGAAGGUUGUUCAACAGCAGGAUGAGAAUGGGUAGGUUGAUGAUUAACAAUGGCGUUACGAACAACACCAAUUACAACCAUGGAGAAGCCACCACAUAUACCUGAAAACUUCCCUUCUCCAAGAAAUUGCUGAUUUUCCAUCUAGAGUAGAUGGAUGGAGUUUCUCUCAACACCGAGCCAGUGGGCGAUGAGGAGGGGGAUUAUUUUGAGAUCGAAGGGGAUUCUGUAAUUGCAGAUUAUGUUGAUCAAAGUGGGAUAUUUGAAGGAGAAAAUCCCCUCCCUCCUGCUGUUGGUAUGGAGUUUGAAUCUUAUGAGGAUGUAUACUACUUUUAUAGUUGCUAUGCAAAAGAACAGGGAUUUGGAGUUCGAGUUAGUAACACUUGGUAUAGGAAGAGUAAAGAAAAGUAUAGAGGAAAACUUAGCUGUAGUAGUGCUGGUUUCAAGAAGAAGAGUGAAGCGAAUCGACCGAGACCGGAGACGAGAACUGGUUGCCCAGCUAUGAUAAAAUUUAGGUUGAUGGAUACUAGAAGGUGGAGAAUCAUUGAAGUUGAGCUUGAUCAUAAUCACUUGAUCAACCCGACUAGUGGGAAGUUUUAUAAAUCUCAUAAGAACUUGGGUGUUGGAACCAAGAGAUUGUUGCAACUAGAUAGUGUUGAAGAAGUGCAAAAAGUUCGGUUGUUUCAAACGGUUGUAAUUGACGCUGAUCACAAUGGAUACUUGGAUGUUGAUGAAGGAGAGUUUGGAAAUAGAGUUGAUAAUUCCAAUCAAUUGAAACUUAAUAAAGGAGAUGCUUUAGCUAUUGAAGAUUUUUUAUGUCAAGCACAACUCACAGAUUCAAAUUUCUUUUAUGUCCUGGAUCUUAAUGAGAAGGGAUCUCUGAGGAAUUUGUUUUGGGUUUCUUCAAGGUCAAGGGCUGCUUAUACUUAUUUCAGCGAUGUUGUGUACAUGGAUACAUCAUGUUUAGCAAACAAGUAUCAAGUCCCAUUGGUCUCAAUUAUUGGAGUAAAUCAUCAUGGCCAGUGCGUAUUAUUUGGUUGUGGUUUACUUGCCAUGGAGACAGUAGAGUCAUAUAUAUGGUUGUUUAGAGCAUGGCUUACCUCUGUACUAGGACGACCUCCACAAGUUAUCAUUGCAGAUCAACAUGAAGAACUCCAAAUUGCUCUCACCGAUGUCUUCCCGAGAGCUUCUCAUUGCAUUUCUUUAUCUGAUAUUAUGAGGAAGGUUCCACAGAAGCUUCGAGGAAUGCUUGAAUAUGAAACAAUUGAAAUCGCAAUCUUUAGAGCAGUUUACCACUCCUUGAAGCCAGAACAAUUCGACGCAUUGUGGGAGGGUAUGAUCCAGCAGCACGGACUUGGAGGUCAUAAAUGGCUCCAAGAGCUUUACGAACAUCGGAGACAGUGGGUUCCAGUUUUCAUGAAGGAUACAUUUUUGGCUGGAGUGUUAUCGAUUGUAUCUGGUGACGUAGUUCCGUUUUUCUUUCAAGAAUACUUAGGUGAGCAUACUUCUUUAAAGCAAUUCUUUGAGCAGUAUGAUCAAGCUAUACAAUCGCAUCAUCAACUAGAAGUUCUGGCAGAUGAAGAUUCAAAAAAUUCAAGUCUCAUGCUUGAAUCAAGAUGCUAUUUUGAAGCGCAGCUAUGUAAAUUGUAUACCAAUGAGAUACUUGAAAAGUUUGAGAGAGAGGUGGAGGGAAUGUAUUGUUGUUUUAACAGAAGGAAGUUGAAUGCUGAGGCGCCAUUAAUGACAUAUAUUGUGAAAGAGCAUGUCGAAAUGGAGGGAAGUAGAAGGGAUGCAAGAGAGUUUGAAGUUUCAUACAAUGAAUCUGACAUGGAAGUCCAAUGCAAUUGUGGCUUAUUCAACUCGAAAGGAUAUCUAUGCAGACAUGCUUUAUCCGUUCUUACCCAGAACGGUAUCAAGGAAAUCCCGGCUCAAUAUAUCCUACAACGAUGGAGAAAAGACGUUAAAAGAAAUUACAUUCUCGAUUAUAGUUACACUACUAGUAUUGAUACCAACAGCCAAAUUCAUAGGUAUGACCACAUAUACAGAUCCAUUGUGCAAGUGAUUGAAGAAGGGAGAAAAUCGAAAGAGAAGUACGGUAUCGCUGUACAGGGAAUCAAGGAUAUACUGAGCAAGCUUCGGCUAGGAACCGACACUUCCAGUUGAUCAGUUUACGCAGAUGUAAGGCUAUAGAGAUCUUAGCAGAGGAUUGCGUUGUUAAUUGAUUGAUAUUUGCUUGGUUCAGAGAUGAGAGUUUACUAUCUCACUCUAAUCUAUAUCUAAUUACGAGUUAUGUAUAACUUAACUAGUUAAGCUCUACAACAAAUAGUUCAAAUUUUUUUUUAAAGCAGUGAAACUUUGAAGUAUUAGUUUCUUAUAACAUAAACCAAUGACAAAAUCAUUGCUUUAAGUUUA